GUUCCCCUUAGAAAAAUCCUUCUGUACAAUCUGUACCAGAUUAAACGCAUUGUUAUCCGGGAAUGUCAUAUGUGGAGGCUACAGCUGGCUGACAUGACGCUGCAGGGGUCGCCAAGGGCCGCGCAACCUGCUGGUGGAACUGAGGCAGGCAGCGAAGUUGGCGAUCAGAACCUGCUCAUCACCUUCUGGCAACCGGGGACGUAG